CUGGGAUCGGCCAAAGGCUGGGCCGCCUCCAUCCUGUUCAACCCCUCCGCCCGCGCGGCCCUGGAGCGAUUCCGGGCCCGGCCCGACACCUUCAGCCUGGGGGUCUGCAACGGCUGCCAGCUGAUGGCACACCUGGGCUGGGUGGGGCCCGCAGGUGCCAGCAGCCCCGCGGUGGCGCUGGAGCGGAACCUCUCGGGCCGGUUCGAGUCCCGUUUCGUCACCGUCCGCGUGGAGCCGGGCCCGGCGCUGAUGCUGCGCGGGAUGGAGGGGGCACUGCUCGGGGUGUGGGUGGCGCACGGAGAAGGCCGUUUCCAGUUCCGCCCGCCAUCCCUGCUGGACGAGUGCCUGCGCUCGGGCCUGGCCCCGCUGCUCUACGCCGACGACGCCGGCGCCGCCACCGAGCGCUACCCGCAGAACCCCAACGGGUCCGGGCGCGGCGUGGCGGCGCUGAGCUCGCCCUGCGGCCGGCACCUGGCGGCCAUGCCGCACCCCGAGCGGGCAGUGCGCGCCUGGCAGUGCCCCUGGGCCGGACGCGGCGCCGGAGCCACCGGACAGGCCAAAACCGGCGCCGGGCCCUGGCUGAGAAUGUUCCGGAACGCGCUGGAGUGGUGCCUGCGGUGGCCGGAGGGGGAGAAGUGACCAGCUGACCACUGAGUGACCGAUGAGUGACAUCUGAGUGGUGUCUGAGUGACCGCUGAGUGACCACUCACUGACCUCUGAGUGACCCCUCAGUGACCUCUGAGUGACCCCUCACUGACCACUCACUGACCUCUGAGUGACGGCUGAGUGACCCUUCCCAUAAGAAUCAGUGACCCCUCAGUGACCCCUCAGUGACCUCUGAGUGACCACUGAGUGACCUCUGAGUGACCCCUCACUGACCACUCACUGACCUCUGAGUGACCGCUGAGUGACCCUUCCCAUAAGAAUCAGUGACCCCUCAGUGACCCCUCAGUGACCUCUGAGUGACCCCUGAGUGACCACUCACUGACCAAUCACUGACCAUUCACUGAUCACCCACUGACCACUGAGUGACCGCUGAGUGACCUGAGUGACCUUUGAGUGACCACUCACUGACCAUUCACUGACCCCUCAGUGACCACUCAGUGACUGCUCAGUGACCUCUGAGUGACCAUUCAGUGACCCCUCAUUGGCCACUGAGUGACCAUUCACUGACCAUUUAGUGACCUCUGAGUCACCCCUCACUGACCACUCAGUGACCCCUCACUGACCCCUCACUGACCCCCAGCUGACCCCUGGUGACCCCUGGUGACCCCUGAGCUCGCCCUGCGGCCGGCACCUGGCGGCCAUGCCGCACCCCGAGCGGGCAGUGCGCGCCUGGCAGUGCCCCUGGGCUGGACGCGGCGCCGGAGCCACCGGACAGGCCAAAACCGGCGCCGGGCCCUGGCUGAGAAUGUUCCGGAACGCGCUGGAGUGGUGCCUGCGGUGGCCGGAGGGGGAGAAGUGACCAGCUGACCAAUGAGUGACCGAUGAGUGACAUCUGAGUGGUGUCUGAGUGACCGCUGAAUGACCACUCACUGACCUCUGAGUGACCCCUCAGUGACCUCUGAGUGACCUCUGAGUGACCCCUCAUUGACCACUGAGUGACCACUGAGUGACCUCCGAGUGACCCCUCACUGACCACUCACUGACCUCUGAGUGACCGCUGAGUGACCCUUCCCAUAAGAAUCAGUGACCCCUCAGUGACCUCUGAGUGACCCCUGAGUGACCACUCACUGACCAAUCACUGACCAUUCACUGAUCACCCACUGACCACUGAGUGACCGCUGAGUGACCUGAGUGACCUUUGAGUGACCACUCACUGACCAUUCACUGACCCCUCAGUGACCACUCAGUGACUGCUCAGUGACCUCUGAGUGACCAUUCAGUGACCCCUCAUUGGCCACUGAGUGACCAUUCACUGACCAUUUAGUGACCUCUGAGUCACCCCUCACUGACCACUCAGUGACCCCUCAGUGACCCCUCAGUGACCCCCAGCUGACCCCUGGUGACCCCUGCGCUGGAGUGGUGCCUGCGGUGGCCAGAGGGGGAGAAGUGACCAGCUGACCACUGAGUGACCAUGCAUUGACCUCUCACUGACCACGCACUGACCCGUCAGUGACCUCUGAGUGACCGCUGAGUGACCAGUGAGUCACUCCUCACUGACCACUGAGUGACCGCUGAGUGACCUUUCCCAUACCAAUCAGUGACCACUCACUGACCCCUCAGUGACCCCUCAGUGACCUCUGAGUGACCCCUGAGUGACCUCUGAGUGACCCCUGAGUGACCACUCACUGACCAUUCACUGAUCACCCACUGACCGCUGAGUGACCUCUGAGUGACCUCUGAGUGACCACUCACCAUUCCCUGACCACUCAGUGACCUGAGUGACCAUUCACUGACCCCAACUGACCUCUGAGUGACCUCUGUUCAGUGACCUCAGAGUGAUCACUGAGUGACUCCUCAGUGACCACUGAGUGACCUCUGAGUGAUCCCUCACUGACCCCAACUGACCUCUGAGUGACCUCUGAGUGACCAUUCAGUGACCUCAGAGUGACCGCUGAGUGACUCCUUAGUGACCAGUGAGUGACCGCUGAGUGAUCCCUCACUGACCCCUCACUGACCCCUCACUGACCCCAACUGACCUCUGAGUGACCUCUGAGUGACCAUUCAGUGACCUCAGAGUGACCGCUGAGUGACUCCUUAGUGACCAAUGAGUGACCGCUGAGUGA